CACUGAUAAUCUGUUGCCAACACAUGGAAAACAUAAACAAGAUAUUCUAAGUGUGAUUAGAGAAUAUGCAACACAAGGAACAAGAACAUUCUCUGGAAUCUCACAUGGUGACUACAGUUUCACAGAGAGUAUUGAUGUCAGAUGCAUAUGAAAUAGGCUAAACUCCAGACACAAAUCCCGAGACAAAACUCUUUUCCUCACAAAGAGGUCGCGCUUCCCUAGUCGUGGUUCUCAGCUCUUCCCCGGCUCGCGGUCCCACACUUUGGGAUCACCACGCGCCCAAGAUCCCACCUCUUCAGCGCUGGCUGCUACGCAGUCCCCCUUCAGGGAUUUGGGGCACAAGGCGAAUAUCCGAAUCUCAGAGCCCACGGGAGUUACUCUGGAGGGCGACGCGCGGGCACCACCAGUGUACCCCCCACCUCACCCGCACCGCAAGCGCUCCACCCGGGGGCGGGGCCAGUGCUUUCUUCCGGACUCCCGAUCGAUCAGGAGCUCCGGGAAUUUCCCUGGCCCGGGGGCUCCGGGAUUUCCAGCCCCAAACAUGCAUAAAAGGGAUUCACCGACCUCGGGGAGCCACAGAGCCCGGGCCGCAGGCACCUCCCCGACAGCUCUCCCGCUCCUCGCACCGCCGCUGGACCCGCCUGCUGAGCCCCAUGGCCCGCGCCAUGCUCUCCGCCAACCCCAGCAACCCCCGGCUCCUGCGGGCGGCGCUGCUGCUCCUGCUUCUGGUGGCCGCCGGCCGGCGCGCGGCAGGUGGGUCCUGGCGUCCUGGGGACCCCGGGCGGGACGCGGCUGGGGUGGGCGCCCCCCGCCAACGGCCCCGCUCAAUCAGCGAGUCUCCUCUUCCCUAGGAGCGCCCCUGGUCAAUGAACUGCGCUGCCAGUGUCUGCAGACCCUGCAGGGAAUUCACCUCAAGAACAUCCAAAGUGUGGAAGUGAAGCGGCAGGGACCCCACUGCGACCAAACCGAAGUCAUAGCCACACUCAAGAAUGGGCAGAAGGCUUGUCUGAACCCCGCAUCCCCCAUGGCUAAGAAAAUCGUCGAAAAGAUGCUGAACAGUGACAAAUCCAACUGACCAGAAGGAAGGAGGAAGCUUCAGGUGGCUGUUCCUGAAGGAGGCCCUGCCCUUAUAGGAACAGGAGAGGAAAGAGAGACACAGCUGCAGAGAGGCCACCUGGACUGCACCUGAUGUGUUUGACCAUGGCUUAGGAGAUGUUUUCUAUUUAUUUAUUUAUUUGUUAAUUUUUGAAGAUUCUAUAUUAAUAUUUUAGGUAUAAAAUAAUUAAGGGUAUGAUUGAAUCUACUUGCACACUGUUCCAGAAUAUUCAUUCU